UCAUAAAGCUUUUUAUCUCCGUGUUUAAGCUAGCUUCUCCUGAUAACGUUGAAAUCUACCGCUAGAGCAGUGCAACCUGUUUGAGAGAAAAGUCUGUGCAGUCUGACGCCUGGCUGAGAGGGGAAAGCAACGAAUUCGCUCACAAAGGCUUCAAGGAGUUGGAUUUGUGGCUUCAGGUCAGCUACCAAACUCGUACUGCACUUUGAGUACACCAUAUAUUAGUUGCAUCUUACAGCACUAAACUAACUACAGGAUGGAGUCGAAAGAAGGUAUCUUCAGGAGGCAACUGGUAGAUGUUCAUGGUGUUGCCUUGUUCUGGAGCAUCGCUGAGGCAUGGAGCCAGGUGGAGAACUUCCAGGCCAAGCCCGAUGAUCUUCUGAUUGCCACCUACCCAAAAUCAGGCACAACCUGGGUCAGUGAGAUUCUGGACAUGAUUUACAACAAUGCAGAUGUGGAAAAGUGUAAACGAGAUGCCAUUUUCAAUCGUGUUCCUUUCAUGGAGCUGAUUAUUCCUGACAUUAUUAAUGGUGUAGAACAACUUGCUGAGAUACCUUCUCCACGACUAGUUAAGACUCACCUCCCAGUGCAACUUGUCCCCGAGUCCUUUUGGGAAACCGGUUGCAAGAUGAUCUAUGUGGCCAGGAAUGCCAAGGAUGUAGCUGUCUCUUAUUACCACUUCUACAAGAUGGCAAAGAUGCACCCAGAACCUGGAACCUGGGAUGAGUUUCUCGGGAAAUUUGUGGCGGGGGAAGUGGCUUUUGGAUCCUGGUACGACCAUGUAAAAGGAUGGUGGGAGAAGAAGAAGACCCACCCUAAUAUUCUGUAUCUCUUCUAUGAAGACAUGAAGGAGGACCCCAAGCGUGAAGUAGAGAAGGUGAUUCGGUUUCUGGGGAAGGAGGUGUUGGAGGAAGUGGUGAAUAAAAUUCUUCACCAUACGUCGUUUAAGGAGAUGCAGAAGAACCCCACUUCAAACUAUACAAUGAUGCCAGGUGACCAAAUGGACCACAGUGUGUCUCCUUUCAUGAGAAAAGGGAUUGCAGGUGACUGGAAAAACCAAUUCACCGUAGCUCAGAACGAGAGAUUUGAUGAGGAUUAUGCGGAGAAAAUGAAGGGAUCUACCUUGCUUUUUCGAUCGGAGAUCUAAGGGACAGACAUUUUUCUCUACAGCGGGGUGAAAGCCACUGGCUUCUCCUCUCUCAGCCCUGCUCCCACAAUGAUUAAUUUGAGAUUUGUUGUGCUUUAGCACUACCCAGAUUGUUACGGAAAAAUCUAGGUGUGAGGCUGCUCAGUCACCCAGCUUGUCGGACUGAGCCUGCGGGUCCCUGCAGAAUAAAGGAAGGAGUCCAGCCACCAACCGGAGCAAACAGCUGUAGAUCAGUUUAUUGCGCAACAGGUUCAAAGAGUAAUUUUGAACCCUGAGGAUGGGGUGACAAAGACUUUUAAAACUUUCCCACCAUAUCCCAGAAUACAAUUCGUACAGCAUCAUUGCUACAUCACUGACAUGUCACAAAAGGGGAGGGGUAGACAGGGGUUACACUAGUUUAACCUUGGCAAACAUGUCCAGACAAGUCCUUGGUACAAGAUUAGCAUAAGCAGAUAUGGCAGGGCAAGACUCAGGUAUAAGAUUAGCAUAGACAAAUAUAUCUUAAGUACCCACCACCCAAAAGUACAAUAGAACUUCCUUUGCAUGUCUGGAGCCUGAGGCAAGUCAGGUGAUGAGAUUUGGCUUCUCUUGGCUAACAAUGAGCCCAGCAAUUGUCACCUCUAGGAACUUCCUGGAGUCCUUUUUCAAGGGGAAAAUAGCUUUGGAAUGGCGGAAACUGGCAAAGGAGUUGAUUUUAUAUUAUUUUUAAAGCUAGGUAACUUCCCUGAGCUGUCAAGUUGAAAGGAUAUAUUCAGGCAUAAUAUUUGUAACAUUUAACUUUAAAGAUGUGCCCCCCCGGUAAUUUCCGUAACACAGAUAAUGGCCCAGAAGAAGUCAUUGCAUCUCAACAGCUUAGCUGUCCUGAGGAGCCAAUAGGUUUGCCUCAUAUAACCAUUUCUUCAGGCUAGGUUCCUCAGCAACCCGUCAAUAAGAAGAGCCACAAAGAAUCCUGCAGCUUGCGUCUCGGCCCUCGGACAGCUCUUUCCUCAGAGCUAACCAUUUGCCUAACCUUUGCAAAGUCCCUGCCUCUGUCCUUUCUGAUCUACUCUUGCUCCCCUGGACUUUGGCUCUCCGCCUGACCCGACUACAGCUUUGCCUCUGGGACUUCUGACUUUUAUGAAACUGCUUCAGAGAGAGUCCCAAAGGAGUGGCCUUUAUCUUGUUUUCACUUCCCAUGCUUAGUCUACUUUAGUUUCCAAUAAAGUCCUCCCUCUUUCA